AUGUCGGUCCCCAGCGCCCUGAUGAAGCAGCCGCCGAUCCAGUCCACGGCGGGCGCCGUGCCCGUCCGCAACGAGAAGGGUGAGCUCUCUAUGGAGAAGGUGAAGGUAAAGCGGUACGUGUCGGGGAAACGGCCUGACUACGCGCCCAUGGAGUCCUCGGAUGAGGAGGACGAGGAGUUUCAGUUCAUCAAGAAGGCGAAGGAGCAGGAGGUGGAGCCCGAGGAGCAGGAGGAGGAACUCGCCAACGACCCCCGGCUUCGGCGCCUCCAGAACCGCAUCGCUGAGGAUGUGGAGGAGCGGCUGGCGAGACACAGAAAAAUUGUGGAGCCCGAGGUGGUUGGAGAAAGUGAUUCAGAGGUGGAGGGAGAAGCUUGGCGCCUGGAGAGGGAGGACACUAGCGAGGAGGAAGAGGAAGAGAUCGAUGAUGAGGAGAUUGAGCGGCGGCGUGGGAUGAUGCGCCAGCGCGCACAGGAGAGGAAAACCGAGGAGAUGGAGGUGAUGGAGUUGGAAGAUGAGGGUCGAUCCGGAGAAGAGUCUGAGUCAGAGUCUGAGUAUGAAGAGUACACGGACAGCGAGGAUGAGAUGGAGCCGCGCCUCAAGCCUGUCUUCAUCCGCAAGAAGGACCGGAUCACCGUGCAGGAGCGGGAGGCAGAGGCCCUGAGGCAGAAAGAGCUGGAGCAGGAGGCAAAGAGGAUGGCGGAGGAGAGGCGCAAGUACACACUGAAGAUUGUAGAGGAGGAAGCAAAGAAGGAGUUUGAGGAGAACAAGCGCUCGCUGGCAGCACUGGACGCACUUGACACAGAUGAUGAGAAUGAUGAGGAGGAGUACGAGGCCUGGAAGGUGCGCGAGCUGAAGCGGAUCAAACGAGACCGCGAGGAACGAGAGGCCAUGGAGAAGGAGAAGGCAGAAAUUGAGCGGAUGCGGAACCUGACAGAGGAGGAGCGCCGCGCUGAGCUGCGGGCUAAUGGCAAGGUCAUCACCAACAAGGCAGUGAAGGGCAAGUACAAGUUCCUGCAGAAGUACUACCACCGUGGCGCCUUCUUCAUGGAUGAAGAUGAGGAGGUCUACAAGAGGGACUUCAGUGCUCCAACCCUGGAGGACCACUUCAACAAGACCAUCCUGCCCAAAGUCAUGCAGGUCAAGAACUUUGGACGCUCGGGACGGACCAAGUAUACGCACUUGGUGGACCAGGACACCACAUCCUUUGACUCAGCCUGGGGCCAGGAGAGUGCCCAGAACACAAAGUUCUUCAAGCAGAAAGCCGCAGGCGUGCGGGACGUCUUCGAGAGGCCCUCGGCCAAGAAACGGAAAACCACCUAAGGGAGCAGGCAGGACAGCAUGGCUGACAGCACAUCUCUGCCAGCUGCUGCGAGCCUGGACAGGGACAGAAAAGACACAGAUCAUGCCAGGACUUGUGGCAACCAGCCCUUUGUCUGUCCUGCAGCCCCUGCUGUGGAGACCUGGUGCUGUGGAGAUGAUGGUCUGCCUGUGCCAGCCAGGCCUGUGGCCAUGCCACUCUUCCACCAGUCACUACCCCUCAUCAGAGCCCUGCAGGACUGCGGCAGCACCCCCGGCUCCAGCUCAACCACUGCUGGAGGAGUUCAUGGACAUCCAUCCCUGUCUGAUCCUCAGCACCUCCCUGUCACCUGCACUUUCCCCAUUUUUGGUGUGGGACAGCAGUGACACU